AUGGUGACUUUGCCAUUUAAUGGUAACUUCCCAGAAAUCCUUGAUUCUGAUUGGCUGUUGAUCAUUGUUGUCAUGGUAGUUACCUUUGGAUGCAAAGCUUUCGACCAUGUUAAUCACGCAAUCAUCCCUACCAUCUGCAGCUUUCUUUGCAACAGGAAGCAAACUGUACGCUACCAUGGCAAGGCAGCAGAAGAAGAUACCAUCACGUGUGGUGUGCCCCAAGGUACGCGACUCGGGUCCAUUCUCUUCUUUGUUUUAGUGAACGACGCAUCCGUUGAUUGUGCUAACAGAUGGAAGUAUGUGGAUGAUUUAACCCUGGUUGAGAUAUUGAAGAAAUCACAGCCAUCCCAGCUGCAAUCCAACGUCGACGCCUUGGUUCAAUGGUGUAACUCUAAUGAUGUUGUUCGCCAACCACCACCACCAAUUAUACUUGACAUCAACUCUAAUACACUAGAAGUUGUUUCAUCCCUGAAGCUUCUUCGGAUUUCGCUUCAGAAUAAUCUCAAAUGGGAUGAACAGGUGAGUCGUCUGAUCUCCAAUGCCUCUAGAAGACUUUACAUCCUGACCAAGCUUCGGAGAAAUGGUGUGAACGCCAAAGAUCUUGCCAUCAUAUACAAGAUGUAUAUUCGACCAACGCUUGAAUUCGCAGCUCCUGUUUGGACAUCUGGCAUCACAUGUGACCACUCUGCCUGCAUUGAGCGUGUUCAGAGAAGAGCUUUCAGGAGUAUCUCAUACCCGAACAUUAAGCCGUAUGAUCAAUAG